AAAAGGAAGCUUUCCAUCCGCAAUCAACCCCCCACAAAAUGACGGAUGAGCCAUCUUCUGAAGCCACCAGCCCGGGAACCAGCGAGCCAGGCGAGAGGCGUGCACGUGGCAGAGCAGCAGCUGAUGCUUCCAGUCCUGGCCGAGAUCUGCCGCCAUUCGAAGACGAAAGUGAUGUACUAGGAGAUGGAGGAGGUGAUGACGAGGAAGAAGACGGCGAGGAAUUGUUUGGGGACAAUAUGGAAAGAGAUUACCGAGCCAUUCCAGAGUUAGACAGGUACGAAGCAGACGGUCUAGACGAGAAUGAUGACCUGUCUGACCUGAGCAUGAAUGAUCGUCUGGCUGCUGAAAGAGAGAUGAGACAGAGAGAUCGAGAUGAGCUGGCCGCCACUGGAAGAAUGAGGCCUGGAUUAUUGUAUGAUGAAUCGGAUGAUGAAGAUGAUGAACAGCAAACCUCUGGGAGAAGAAGAUUAGGAGAACGAGCUGCUGAUGGAGCUGCUAUGGAUGAUGAAGAGAUGAUAGAAAGUAUUGAAAAUUUGGAAGAUACUAAAGGCCAUUCUGUAUCUGAGUGGGUAUCCAUGUUGGCCCCAAGAACUGAGAUUUAUAACAGGUUCAAGAAUUUUCUGAGAACAUUUGUUGAUUCAAAGGGGCAUAACCUAUAUAAAGAGAGGAUUAGACAAAUGGUGGAAAUGAACAAAGGCAGUUUAGUAGUUGACUACAACAUACUAGCAUCAGCCGAACACGUGCUCGCCUACUUCCUACCCGAAGCACCUACUGAGAUGCUGAAAAUCUUUGAUGAGGCAGCUAGAGAUGUGGUGAUGUCGAUGUAUCCCAGAUACGAGCAGAUAGUAAAAGUCAUCAGAGUGAGGAUCUCGAAUCUGCCUCUCAUUGAAGAAAUUAGAUCUCUUAGACAGCUGCAUUUGAACCAGCUGCUGAGAACAGCUGGCGUCGUCACUAGCUGCACCGGUGUACUCCCUCAGCUGAGCAUGGUCAAGUAUGACUGCACUAAAUGUUCUUUCAUCCUCGGCCCGUUCUUUCAAUCGCAAAAUAACGAGGUCAAACCGGGGUCAUGCCCUGAGUGCCAGUCAACUGGACCCUUCGAAAUUAACAUGGAGGAGACUGUUUACAAGAAUUACCAGCGAAUCACAAUUCAGGAAAGCCCAGGUAAGGUCCCUGCUGGCAGGCUUCCUAGGUCGAAAGAUGCGAUCUUAUUGGACGAUUUGGUUGACAUUUGCAAGCCUGGGGAUGAAAUUGAGUUGACGGGCAUUUACAACAACAACUACGACGGAUCACUAAACACUGCCAAUGGCUUUCCUGUUUUUGCCACAGUUAUCCUAGCCAAUCAUAUUGCAAAGAAUGACGACAAGAUGGCUGCCUCGAACCUGACUGACGAUGACGUCAGAGUGAUUAUGCAACUCUCUAAAGAUGAAAAGAUUGGGGAUAGAAUAUUCGCAAGCAUAGCCCCUUCUAUAUACGGUCAUGACAACAUCAAAAAAGCACUUGCCCUCUCUAUGUUUGGCGGGGAACCUAAGAACCCUGGUGGAAAGCACAAAGUUCGUGGCGACAUCAACGUCCUAAUUUGUGGAGAUCCUGGAACUGCGAAAUCCCAAUUCCUAAAAUACAUCGAAAAAACGGCCUCACGUGUCGUUUUUACGACCGGACAGGGUGCGUCUGCCGUCGGUUUGACCGCCUACGUCCAGAGGAACCCAGUUUCUAGGGAGUGGACGCUCGAGGCUGGCGCCCUCGUGCUUGCUGACCGGGGCAUCUGCCUCAUUGAUGAGUUCGAUAAGAUGAAUGAUCAAGAUAGAACAAGCAUUCACGAAGCUAUGGAACAGCAAAGUAUUUCUGUAUCAAAAGCUGGUAUAGUGACGUCAUUGCAAGCAAGGUGUGCAGUGAUAGCAGCCUCAAAUCCUAUUGGCGGAAGAUAUGAUCCGUCCUUGACAUUCUCAGAAAACGUGGACCUCACAGAGCCAAUCCUAUCACGUUUCGACAUCUUGUGUGUCGUAAGGGACCAAGCAGAACCCCUUGAAGACGAACGUACGGCCAGAUUCGUCGUCGAAAGUCACAUGAAACAUCAUCCCAACUUCACUGAGGACGACGAAAGAAACGUGUCCAUGACACCCAUGCAGCAGCUAAACAGCUCAGGAGUAGAACCCAUACCCCAAGAACUUUUGAAAAAGUAUAUCAUUUAUGCCAAAGAAAAAUCACAUCCCAGACUCAACCAGAUGGACCAGGAUAAAAUCGCUAAGAUGUAUUCGGAUCUCAGAAGAGAAUCUAUGGCUACAGGCAGUAUCCCAAUAACAGUCCGCCAUAUUGAAUCGACGAUUAGGAUGUCAGAGGCCCACGCUCGGCUUCACUUACGCGAUUACGUCAAUGAUGAUGACGUCAACAUGGCCGUCAGAAUUAUGCUCGAAAGUUUCAUCUCCACUCAAAAGUAUGGCGUCAUGAAGGGCAUGAGAAAGACGUUUUCAAGGUUCCUGACCUACAAACGGGACAAUAACGACCUUCUCCUUUUCAUUCUCAAGCAGCUGGUGGCCGAUCAAAUGACCUUCCAGAAGAAUCGAUAUGGCAAUGACCUUGACACUGUGGAAGUCUCCGAGAAAGAUCUUGCUGAUAAGGCCCGACAAAUUAACAUAACUAGCCUGACGGAGUUCUACAGUAGCCCGAUCUUCACUGGGAACAGAUUCUCGUACGAUUCGAAACGAAAAAUCAUCAUUGAAAAAGUUAGAUAGAUGGGUAUAGAUAGAUACUAGACAGAUGGAUGGAUAGAUAGAUAGAUACUAGAUAGAUGGGUGGAUAGAUAGAUGGAUAGAUAUAGAUAAUUAGAUGGAUAAAAGACCGGUAGAUACGCGUUCGCAUCAGAAUAAUUCACCUCAGUAAACUACUUCAAUGAUAUACGUACGAAUUCCUGGCCAAGCUUUAUUAAGUAAUAAUAACCUUCUGACCGUUCAAAAUCUUACCUAUUAUUAUUGUUUGUUCUUAGUAGUUUAUUGUUGGUUGCUAAUCUUAAUUUAGCUACACACAAAUAGAAUAUAAAGCCUCAUAUUCGUCACUAAGAAAUGGCCUAAUCGAUCAGAUGUAGGCCCAGCAUACAAACGUACGAAAUUUCAUACAUGCAUAAGUACAUAUAUACACAUAAGCAUGGAUACAUACACUAUAUAUAUAGAUAUAUAUAUAUAUAUCAUUGUGUAUAUAUAUAUAUAUACGUAUAGUUUCAUUUCAUAAUAAUUUCAUAUUUUGCAAUCUACAUUCAAGUAAAUAUAUAUAUUAAUUAUAAUAUAUAUAUAUACACUAUUUAUAUAUAUAUGGCGUAAUGUACUUCAGCAUAAUUUAAUAUAAUAAAUGAAUAGCACAAUUUGUUAUAUAUAUAUGUAUGUAUAUAUAUUUAUAUAUAUAUGUGUGUGUGUGUGUGUGUGCUUACGCAUGAAGUGAUUAAGCAAGUGAUGCAGCGUGAGAAAAUGAAUGAGAAGAUAAAUUAAUAAUGAUUAAAUGAUAUAAAAAUUGAUAAUAUCCUCUGAAUGGACUUUACUAGAAAUCACAUCACCAUCAUCUUCAUGGAUUACCAUUAAAUCAUCCUAAUCAUUUUUUCACCUACCUCACCAGUUUUACCGCUACAUUAUUCUAUCUCCAAUCAUUUCAUCACUCCACCAUUUCACCAUCUUUCUCCGUCGCGAUCUAUCACGAUCCCACCACAACAAUCCCAUGGGUACGUUAAUCCCGUUAAUCUUUGAUUAGUGGGAUAGAGCGAUGUCGCUAAAGUACCCGAGCAAGUCCUCGAUACUGAAUUCAAAAUAGAUGUUGGAAUCAGGGUAGCAGCGGUUAAUCAUACUCUCGAUAUACUUGUACUGCUUUAUGAAUUCGUCUUGCAUGGAAUGCCACACGAC